CGACAAGCGCGUCAGCCUUUGACGUCCUCGUCCCUCAUCUCUUGCUUCAUCUCCUCAACUCUCCCUCCCUUCGUCUUAGGCCACAUUGAGCCGAUGCCAGAUAUCACAAUACGCAAAAGGCCCGUAGAGGAGGCGGAGAUUACUCAGCGGAAGUUCUUCAAAAAGACUGCUCGGGGGAAGGUCAUCAAAGUCCUUCGCGAACGCUAUCUCCGUGAAGACGUGUACUGCGGGAUCACAGGAUGUCGGACGUGCACGACCGCUGAGGGCGAAGGUCUACCUCAUUCAGGCGAGCGAGACCAUAAGGCGUUCCCCAAGGGGCACUAUGUCCUCCCGGACACGAACGUUUUUCUCUCUCAGAUGGACCUUAUCGAAUCUCCUCUCUUCACUCCUCCGAUCAUCGUCUUACAAACCGUUAUGGAAGAAGUCCGCCAUCUCUCCCUCCCCCUCUAUAACCGGCUCAAGGCUCUCAUCAAAACCGAUGACAAGGACGUAUGGGUGUUCUACAACGAGUACAGAUCCGAGACGGCAAUAGUACGUGAACCGGACGAGACGCCGAACGACAGGAACGAUCGAGGCAUCCGCAAAGCGACAAGCUGGUACAACGACCAUGUUAAGCGCACCCACCCACCCAUCAAAGGCUCCAAGCAGCCGCACCAACCACCACAAGUCGUCCUCCUUACGGACGACCUCGCGAACCGAUUGAAGGCAGAGAAGGAAGGCAUCCCUUGUCUUUCAGUACGUAAGUACGUAGAGGGAGCCAAGGACAGUGCACAGUUAGCGGACUUGCUCGCAGCAGUGGGUGACGAAGUGGAGACGACCAAAACGGCUGCUGCGCGUGGAUCGUUAUACCCUGAGUAUCUCCCAACAGCAACGCUUCUAGCAGGUGUCAAGGCAGGCAAGCUACACCAGGGUCACUUCAACGCGAAUCAGUACAACUAUCUCGAGGGAACGGUCCCCGUUCCCGCGUUUACAAAGCCCAUCCUGCUUGUCGGUCGGGAGAACAUGAACAGGGCAGUGCAGGGCGAUAUUGUCGUCGUCGAGAUCUUCCCCGAAGCGGAAUGGAAGGCGCCGGCAGACGAAGUGAUCGAUCAAGAAACGACUCUCAAGAACGACGACGCAGAGUCUUCAGGAGAUGAGCGAGAAGAGAACGAAGAGCGCAUGGCUGAACAGGAGCGUCGCGCGGUUCGGGUAUCAGCUGAGGAGAAGAAAGCAGCGGAAAAACAACCGACAGGGAGGAUCGUUGGUGUCGUCAAGCGUAACUGGCGCGCCUACGUCUGCCACAUCGACCGUACAUCGCUCACAUCCUCAAAUGCAACAUCCCUCUCCCAACAAACCGUCUUCGCAACGCCUGUUUCCCGCCUUCUCCCCCGUAUCCGAAUCCGCACGCGCCAGGCCCCCACCCUCCUCGGCCAAAAGAUCAUUGUUUCAAUCGAUAGGUGGGACCCUUCGUCGCGCUAUCCGGAGGGCCAUUUCGUCCGCGCGCUCGGGCACUCAGAGAGCAAGGAGGCGGAGCAGGAGAGUCUGCUGCUCGAAUUCGACGUGCCGUAUCGGCCGUUCGGGCGUGCAAUAUUGGACUGUUUGCCGAAGGAGGGUGAGCAGUGGGUUGUGCCUCCGAUGAGUGCGUCGAGCGAGGUGUGGAGGAAUAGGACGGAUUUAAGGCAUCUGAAUGUCUGCAGUAUCGACCCUCCUGGCUGCCAGGAUAUCGACGAUGCUUUGCAUGCUCGGCGCCUUACGAACGGGAAUAUCGAGGCUGGCGUUCAUAUCGCGGAUGUUUCCCACUUCGUACACGCAGACACGCCCAUGGACACCGAAGCGGCGGCCCGAGGCACGACCGUAUACCUCGUCGAUAAGCGUAUCGACAUGCUGCCCUCACUUCUUGGCACCAACUUGUGCUCCCUGAGGCCGCACGUCGAGCGACUUGCGUUCUCCGCCAUAUGGGAACUCACACCCGAGGCGGAUAUCGUCAACGUGCGAUUCACCAAGAGCGUCAUCGCUUCGAAGGCCGCGUUCGAGUACGGCGAGGCGCAGAUUCGGAAGGACGACCCCAACCGAACAGAUGAGCUGACGGAAAGCAUCCGGCUACUCAACACACUUGCUGAGAAGUUCAAAGCCAAGCGCAUGCAAGCCGGCGCACUCAACCUCGCAUCUCCCGAAGUCAAGAUUCAUCUCGACAGUCCAGAAAGCUCAGAUCCGAUCGACGUCGAACAAAAGGCACUGCAUGAGACAAAUAGUCUUGUUGAAGAAUUUAUGCUUCUCGCCAAUAUCAGUGUCGCAAAACGGAUACAGGAAGCGUUUCCGCAGACGGCCGUUCUGAGACGGCACAUGCCACCACCGAAGACAAACUUCGAGAAGCUUCAAGAUAUCUUGAUGAAGCGCAAGGGACUAACUCUUGACGUCUCCAGCUCGGGCGCUCUGGCUGAUUCACUUGACCACUGCAUCGACCCUAAGGAUGCCACAUUCAAUACACUCGUCAGAAUCAUGGCCACACGGUGUAUGCUCUCCGCCGAGUACUUCUCCUCUGGCUCUGUCGCCCGCGACACCUUUGCGCACUACGGCCUUGCCACCCCUAUCUACACUCACUUCACGUCCCCAAUUCGGCGGUACGCUGACGUUCUCGCCCAUCGCCAGCUCGCCGCUGCGAUUGACUAUGCGCCGCUUCAUGGCUCGCUGCACUCCAAGUCGCACGUGGAACGCGUGAUGGACGUGAUCAACCGGCGGCAUCGAAUGGCGCAGAUGGCAGGGCGGGCGAGCGUCGAGUUUUACGUCGGCUUAGCGCUCAAAGCGAGGGGUGAGAAGGGUGCGGUGGAGGAGGACGCUUUCGUUAUCAGGACGUUCAGGAACGGCGUCGGUGUAUUCGUGUCCAAACUCGGCCUCGAGGGCCUCGUGAUGUUCAAACGCGACAUACAAUUCGAUGCGGAAGAUUACGCAAUCAAGGUGCCCUUAUCUACGUCGCAGGGCACUGGUGACGUGAGCAUCUCGGUAUUCGACCGUGUCAAGGUAAGGAUUGAGGUGGAGAAGGACAAGAACACACAGAGAGGACGGGUUAAAAUGACACUCAUUGAGCCGGUGGACUCGAGCUUGUUUUAGGCGAUAUAGUAUCAUCACAGUUGUUCCAUUAUGCAGGGAUUCCCGUCAUGUAUGGACUUGACCCUUGUACUGCCUUGGGAUCCGCGAGAAAGGUGACGCUACUAGAAGCCAGUGAAAAAAAUGCUUUCAAACCUUUGCUCUGUCUACCAUCGCAGUGCGUGCUAGGCCGCUGGUGUGGCGGUACGUCUCACUAAUCACAGUAUGUUUGAACUU